GGGUCGUCCUGGACCUCGGGGCGGCCGUGGUGGAGGUGGAGGCGACGGCGAUGGCCGCGGGCGCGCGCGCGGCCGCAGCGGUGCCCGCGGGAGAGGGCGAGGGCGCCGCGGGCGACGGCUACGUGCAUGAGCCGUGGCUGGAGGGCUCGGACGUCGGCUCCGAUGACGGCAUGGGCGGCGGAGACGACGUGCGCGUCGGUGCACACUUCGACGAGCGCGACGAGGCCGAGGGGUCAGACGUCGGCUCCGACGGCGCGGGCUCGGGCGUGAAUGAUUCAA